CGUGAAGUUAGCUUUGUUUUUAUUUAUAGUUUACUCAUUUACUGUCAAUAAUUUAAAUUGUAACGAUAGUUUGUACCUCAAAAUAUCCACAAGAAAUUUAAAUUUACACAUUUGAAUUAAGAUGGACCUGAAACCCUUAAAGGAAAACCCUGAACUGUUUCGAUUGUGCCUAAGAAAUAUUAUUCACGAGUUAGCUGCUUGCUUUAAUGAAUCAAAUAUGAGCGAAAAAGAGUCCCGAUUUAUAAAACUCUUCUUACAAGACAACUUUAAAGCCACACUUCAACACAGGAUCGACUCUAUGUGGAACGAGUUCAACAUUACCGAGAAAAUGACGGUCUUAAAUCAAAUGGAAAAAGAAGCCCCGCCCGAUUUCGUAGCCUGGAGACCAACUGGAGAAGUGCCCGUUACAAUAUUGAGAGGAUACUUUUUAUCGAACUACAAAGAAAGAUUACUAAAAAAAAUUGAAAACACUAAAAAGAAAAAAGCCUUUUUGUCCGAAUCGCUUUUAUCAAGUGUGCAAGAUAGGGACAAAUGUGUAGAGACAAUAUGCCAAAAUGAAAAAGUUUUAUUAGGUAUUUUUAAGGAAUAUCAAGAAAUUAUCGAACAUGAAUAGAAAAUGUUUUACAUUAAUUCUGCUGUUAUCUUUUGUAAUUUUAUAUCGUUUGCUUGCACGAUCUCUUCGAGCCUGAUUUUUUCCUGAAUUAAAUUGUCCUUUUGGAUUGUUAGCUUGGAAAGUUGUGGUACUUUCAUAUCUAGUAAGUUUAGCAAUGGUUAGAGUUUCAACGUAUAUGAAUUACCUAAAGCGUCCAGUUUAAUUUUAUUUGAAUUUAGCAGAGAUUCCAUUUGUGCCAUUUGCUGAAUGUUGUGUAAAUCUGCCAGUUUGGCUGUGUUUUGCUUUAUUUGUGUGUCCUCAAUUUUUUUGCAAGUUUCCUGUUAUUUCUGAAUGUGUACAAAAUAAAAUUUUAUACUUUUAAACUUA